AUGACAGACGUUGUUGCAGAUGUUUCCUUUCGACUUCCAGGUUUGGAACGUAUGGAUUCCGGUGAGGCGAGUCUUGGGUCAUUCGUGGACCAUGACGUACGGCUUCGUGAGAAGCAGUUCUUGCUAUCAUGCGAACGAGGUGAUAUCGGUAGCGUCAGGAAACUGCUCGCGAUCAAGGACGGCCUCAACAUCAACUGCGUUGAUCCCCUAGGAAGAAAUGCACUGCUGAUCGCCAUCGAAAAUGAGAACAUCGAAAUGAUUGAGCUGCUUCUCGAUCAUAACAUCGAAACCGGUGACGCCAUCCUCUACGCGAUCGGAGAAGAAAAUGUCGAAGCAGUCGAGAUCAUUAUCGAACACCUCGAGAAGAUUGACAAAUUCAAUCCUGAGGUAGGAGGCUGGCAAUCAGCCCCAUUUUCCUCAAGAACCAUGCCACCAUCCUCAACAAGUUCCGUUCCAACUUUGCAUUUCAGACACAAGUUAUUCGAGAUCAAUCAACACUCAGCUUUCCCACCUGACAUUACUCCGAUCAUCCUUGCCGCUCACAAGGAUAACUAUGAGUGCAUCAAGCUGUUCCUCGAUAAGAAAGGCACUGUACCGCAUCCUCACGACGUCCAUUGUUGCUGUCACGAUUGCGAAGUGACCGGUGACGCCAUCCUCUACGCGAUCGGAGAAGAAAAUGUCGAAGCAGUCGAGAUCAUUAUCGAACACCUCGAGAAGAUUGACAAAUUCAAUCCUGAGGUAGAGGCUUUGGCAGUCAGCCCCAUUUUCCUCAGAACCAUGUCAUCCUCAACCAAAGUUCGUCUACCAACUUUGCAUUUCAGACCAAUGGGUGUCGAGAUUCAAUCAAGCACCAGCUUUCCACCUGACAUUACUCCGAUCAUCCUUGCCGCUCACAAGGAUAACUAUGAGUGCAUCAAGCUGUUCCUCGAUAAGAAAGGCACUGUACCGCAUCCUCACGACGUCCAUUGUUGCUGUCACGAUUGCGAAGUGUUUCGCGAAGAGGAUUCGCUACGAUUGUCUCGUUCACGAAUCAACGCCUAUCGAGCGCUGGCUUCACCGUCACUCAUCUGCCUCUCAGCCAAAGACCCGAUUCUCUACGCCUUCGAGUUGUCGUGGGAGUUAAGACGUCUUUCAUACAUCGAGAACGAGUUCCGCAGUGAAUAUCAGGAGCUCUCUCAGAAGUGCCAAAAGUUCUCGGUGAAUAUGUUGGAUCAAGUGCGAGGGUCGAAAGAGCUCGAAAUUGUGCUCAAUCACACUACAACCGCCUGGCAAGAGGUGACAACAAGAGGCACUCCGACUACCGAACAAUUAGCUCGAUUGAAACUUGCAAUAAAACUACGACAGAAGAGGUUUGUCGCUCAUCCUAACUGUCAACAAUUACUGUCCGGUAUCUGGUAUGAAGGACUUCCCGGGUUUCGAAAUAGAAAUAUCGUCUAUAAGUGCCUCCUGAUUGCAGCUGUUGGGUUAUCGUUUCCAAUUCUUUCAAUUUCAUAUUUAUUUGCGCCAAAAUCGGCGAUCGCUCAAUUUACUCGUAAGCCUUUCGUGAAAUUCCUCUCGCAUUCCGCCAGUUAUAUCGUCUUCCUCGCACUUCUACUAAUGGCUAGCCAACGGAUAGACCGUGUUGACAAUAUGUUUCGUGAAGAAAAUGCUCCUUCCAGAAAAGAAGGACGAGGACCGCCUCCCACACCCGUGGAAAUGGCCAUCAUUCUUUGGAUUUUU